CUGACCCGGCCUGUGGAGAGGAUGAGGUGCGUUGUGGUGUUUCUGGUGCUCUCGCUGGUGGUCGCCAUGGCCGAGCCGGGGGAGUGUUUUUUCAAAAAAGCUUGGAGAGGGAUAAAGGCCAUAUAUGGAGGAGCCAAGUCCGGAUGGCAACAGUACCGAAAUCAACGCAGAAUGGAAAAAAUGGCCCAGAAUCAGCAGCCAAAUGGUGGUCAAAACCAGCAAGACAACUAUCAAGGACAACAAGAUGUUUAUCAACGUCCAGGCUGA